AUGGGUGCCUGCUUAUCAUGUUUAAGACCUUCAGAUGAUGAUGAAGAGUAUAAUGAAAGAACAUCAUUACUUCAUAAUGAUUUUUAUAAUGACGAACACUUACAAGAGGAAUUGUUAAAGAGACAACAAAGGCAACAAGAAUUAAAUAAUUUGGUUUCUGAAUUAUCAGAUAACUUGAUAGAUGUCAGUUCAUUCUUACUGUCAGCUCCAAAUAUUACCAAUUCUGCUCCUGGAACUCCAAACUUAUCAAUGGUAGAGAAACAAUAUCCUAACUAUUUAUCCAAAGUAGACAAAGAAAAGAUUUUAGAAGAUAUGAAGUCGUUAGAUAGUAGCAUGAAAGAUAAGUGUAAAGUUGAAAAUAAUGAAAGUUUGUAUUUAAAGUUUUGA